UAUACAACUAAACUAAGCCCAACAACAAGAAUACAUGGAUCGUUUUUUUCCUGAGAAACUUCUCGGUGAGAUUUUCUGGGAUGGACCUCUUUUGUCCACUGGUCAAAGUGAUUCAGUUCAGUAUUCCCAAGACAUCAAGGGUGAAGAAGCUUUUCCUCUUGCAACUGGAAGCGCUUUCGUCCAAUAUAGAGACCUACCCAGAAUUAAAUACCCCCUAAACGGUUCAAACUCACAGAACAUGAGUAAGAGAAUGCUUGCGUUCUUGAGAAAAAGUUGGCCUGUGGAGAGGAACAGGGUGGAUGAGAUUGAGAAUGAAAGAGAACGUGGUUUCAGGCACAUGAUUAAUGAAAGAAUGAGGAGGCAGAGGCAGAGGCAGUGUUGCUUGGCCCUGCAUUCAAUGUUACCACAUGGAACCAAAACGGAUAAUAAUUCUGUAAUUCAAAUGGCAGCCAAGGAGAUUGUACGGCUACAAGGAUGCAGAGAAGAGUUACAAAGGAAAAAUUUUGAGCUUGAAGCUGUUGAUAGCAACCAAGGUCGGGGAAGAAGAAUUCAAUAUUUAAGAGUUGCACAUCCUAAGUGUGGAAUUGAUUCUUUGAUUGAGAGCCUCAAAUGCUUGAAAGACCAAGGAGUGGACACCAGAGGCAUCAAAUCAACUUUCUCCCCACAAGAGUUGUUUGCACAGUUAGAGAUAGAAACUGAUGAGGUCAAAGAUGCUGAUGUGGAAUGGACUACAUGGAGAACGCAUGAUGAACUUGAUCGGAAGCUUGACUGCCAUGCCCGGGAAGGUUUUAAUAAGAAGCAGAAGACUAUAUGAAGCGUUGGACCAAAUUUAGAAUUUUAUUUUACCCAUGGAAAAGUGUACCUUGUAUUUGUAAAUAUUUUUAUAGACGCACGAGGAAGAAAAACACGGAGGGGUAAUUGACUUUCUAGUGUUUUUUUUAUAGUCGUCAAGCUUCUACUCAUGUACAACAGUACAAGUCUUUGAAUUUUAAUUGAGAAACACUUACCCUCUCUAAUUUGGCACAUGUUAAGUAAAUACAUAGAAUAGUAAGCUGACCUGUGGUAAUAAUUUUUUUUGGGUCUUGUUGGCUCGGAUUAAUUUAAUUGCGUGAUAAUAAUUUUCUAGCCUAUCACAUA